AUGUGGGACAAAGGGGUGCGGGCUCUGUUUCGCAAGCUGGACGGCCACCAUGACGAUCCUCUACCCCCAGCGGAGCAUGCUACGGCUCAUUAUGAAGCUCUUCGCCUGUUCGAGGACCCUAAGGAGAUGUAUCUGGCUUGGAAACAACUUAAACAGAGGACAAACCGGUGGAGAGGUUGGAUGGAGAUAAUGCUGCUAGUCAUGAACAAAUACCCCGAGAAGACCGGGCUCAUGCUCGAAGGACUACACGAGCCUAUCGGCCCGCCAGUCUGGGGGGUUGCCGAUGUUUUUACCUUCCUCGUUCGCUGGUCAACCGAUCAGCAACAGCAAGAGAGCCAGCUUCCACGGCUGCUGCUCUUCCUACUACAAAACUCCGCGAGGAAGCGCUACCAGUUCCCACAGUGGACGAUCGGCACGACCGUGUCGCUAUGCGAGUCCGACGCCGCGGCCAGGAUCUACGCGGCCCUCCUUAAGUACGGCCAUCCUCUGCACCUCAACACGAAGCUCAAGAUCGCCGGCCGCCUGGCAGGCGUUACCAAGUACAAGCUGCCCGUGCUCCGGAUUCUUGAGGACGUGGUCGCGAACGACCCAGGCAUCGAGAUGGGCGACCGCCGCGCGGCCGCCCUGUCCACCGCGCUCCUCACGCUACCCGCUGAGUGGAAGGAAAGGCGCGGGUCGCCGACCGACGUCAACGUCGUCACCGAGGCCUUCGACCGCAUCGUGCGCCUCGACUUCCGCCAGAACCUGGUGACCUACACGGCCAUGAUCAAGGCCCUGUGCGAGGCCAACCGGCUCGAGGUCGCGUGGCGGGUGUACGAUGUCUUGCGCGAUCAGGGAAUCCAGCCUGAUGCCGUGCUUAUCUCGACUCUGCUCAACGGAUCGACGUCCAUGGCCAGCCUGGAAUCGGUCACCCGGCUGGUGCGCGAGACCGAGCUAAAGGUUCUGCGGCAGCCAUCCAUUGGGAAAGGCGUGGUGUAUGCCGUCUUGCUCGCCGUCACGAACGAGGCAGUGUAUGCCAAGCCCGCCGGGACAAAGGUCGUUCAGCUCCCGGCCUUCUACCCGACGCUGCAGGUCUAUGCCAGACUAUUCGACCUGGCGCCCCUGCAGACGCUUAUCCCUAUCGAUCUGCAAAGAGUGCUCGACGGAACGGAGCCAACAAUACCUCCGCCCGCGCCCGUAUCUGAGGAAGAGGGAGAACAAGGCUGGGCCUGGCAACGAAAACUCCCGAAUCUGCUCGACGCAUUGCCCCCCACGUCCCCCAAGCAUCUAAUAGAACCAAGCAACGCGACGUUGGGCUUGAUGGUAUCGGGCUAUCUCAAGACCGUCACUGCUUCGGGCCCUGUCAUGGCGCUCUUUACCCACUUUCGAACCCUGGUCAAGAACCGAGACCCCGUUGCCAUUGAAGUCUUGAGUUCGGGGUCGCUUCUUUACGACGCUGUUCUCACUGUUCUAGCCCUGCACCCCGACAUGCUGCCUACAGUGGUGGACAUUAUAAAUACCAUGAUCGAGGAAGCCGCAGGCUCUGUCGAGACCUUAGUCGAGGACGACGUUGGCUCGGCUGACGUUAUGACCGAGGAGGUCGGUGGCUCUUCAGCCGACGCCCAGGAGGACGUCUCCAACGAGCAGGCCGUCCCCUAUGAACAGGACCUCCCCAACGACAGUGAGACGAACAACACCCCCCACGAAGCCGACGUCAGCUCGGCAGCCACGGUCGCACCAACACCCACCUUCCACCCUCCGCCCAGUGUCAAAACCUGGACAACCCUCCUCCGCGCCUUCGCCCGCUACCGCGGCCCAUCCGAAGCAGCCCGCGUCAUCUCCGCCAUGCGCCAACACGGCGUCGAGCCCAACGACAUCACCUGGACGACCCUACUUCUCGGCUACGCCCGCUCCCAGCGCACGUCCGAGGUCAUGGCCGUUCUCAACGAGUUCGACAAGGCCGGCUGGGCCCCUGGCGCCUACCUCGUGCGUGCUGUCUCGCGGCUGCAGAACCCGCAGCCUGUUUUGGAACGUCUUGAGGAGCGCAGCGCUAUGCGUGAGGAUGAGCGGUGGCGCGAGAUUCAUGAG